AUGGCAUACCACGCGCAAGGUCCUCGCAAGAAGUCACUUCUCAUUGGCAUCAACUACGUCGGAAGCCAGCACCGGCUCCAAGGCUGUCACCAGGAUGUUGAAAACAUGCGAGAAUUCCUCACUGCCAUGGGCUACGCUUCCGACCGACGAUCUCAAGUCGUACUGCGAGACGACCAGUAUACUGAUCCUCGUGGUCCCUUCUGGCCGAACGGCCACAAUAUGAUGGCCGCCAUGCAAUGGCUGAUCUCGGAACCCGGGACGAUGAACUUCCUCCACUACAGCGGCCAUGGCGGACAAGUGCCAGAUAACAGCGGCAAUCGGGUAUCCGGUUUCGACGACACUAUUGUACCCUACGACUUCGAGCGAAAUGGUCAGAUUCCCAGUGGCGUCUUACAUCGAGCCCUCGUGACAUCUCUGCCACCCAACAGCAGUCUGGUCAUCCUCUUCGACUGCUGCCAUAGCGGAUCCGCUGUCGAACUGCCCUACAUCUUCCGAGCUGAUGAGAACGGAAACGUGUCCAUGAUUGACAACGUCCAAGCUGGGAUGCGAUUGUUUGGAGCUGCAAGCCACUUGAUUCAAGGAGGCUUCACCAUGGACAAGGUCGGCGAAGCAAGACAGCUUUUCGCCGGCGCGCAGUCUUUCUUCAAAAGCAUGACCCACGAAGCGCCAGAAGUAGAUCAAUACGGCCUGGGAGAGCAAGACUUUGCAAACGACUACCGUAGCGAAGGGUCAAAGAAUGUCUGGAUGUACUCAGGCUGUCGAGACGAUCAAACCUCCGCCGACGCCUCCAUUGCUGGCUCACACGUCGGCGCCAUGAGCUGGGCUUUCCUCGAAUGCAUGCGAACGUACGGACCUCGACAGAGCUGGAUCCAAGUCCUCCAAAACACCCGCCAGAUCCUACGGGGACGAUAUCAACAGAUUCCACAAUUGAGCGUCGGCUACGAACAGGAUCUCAACUAUCAGAUGCGAGUGUAA